GCCAAGCGUCAAUCGAGAUCUCCACGCCGCCCCAAACGCACACAGUGAAAAAACGCCGCUUCCAGAAACGGAAAACGUUCUCUCUCUGGCACCCCGUCGUGUCGCGGGUGAAGACAACAAAAAACAAAGUGCAAAUUAAACUAAAUUGUAUGCAAGGUGCUCCCAAAAAAUACAAAACUAGCACGCAACCAUGACAACCACCAAAGAUCCUCAGGAAAAGGGGGCCCCAAAAAUAGAGCACGAAAGGAAUGGACUCAUGAAGCGUCUGAGGCGUUCAGCCUCGGCCACGGAACAUAAUCUGAGCAAUCUGAGGAACCGCAAGUCCACCCAGAACCUGUUCGAUCAGCAUGGCAAUCCCAUCGAUCUGCGACAGUAUCGCAAAGUCUUGGACAAAGACGAAAACGGCAAUGGCUCCAAUGGCAGCGAGAAGAAGACGCGCUAUAGACGAACACAGAGUGUGACCCGAGCCGAGGAGAUCUCCACCAAAGAAGAGAAGCAGCGUAAGGCUCAGCCCGGCAGACCUAUCCAUCGACCCCGCGAUUCGCUGUUCUCUUGGAGUUCGGGCUUUACCAAUUUCACGGGUCUGGUCAACUGGGGUUUCCUACUGCUCUGCAUAGGCGGUCUGCGCUUAGGUCUGGAGAAUCUUCUCAAAUAUGGCAUUCGCAUCAAUCCCCUGGACUGGUUCUUUUUCAUCAGCGGUCACAAUGAGGGCGAGGGCCACAAUGCCCUCAUACUGAUCAUUUACUCCAUAGUUCACAUAUCGCUGUGUCUGGCGGUAGAAAAGGGUCUGGCAAUGGAAAUUAUUGCCGAAGGACUUGGCAUCUUCAUUCAGAUAGUAAACAUAAUUGUGCUGGUAUGUUUGCCCGUGGUCAUUAUACACCUGAAAGGACAUGCAUUCAGUUUAAUGGGCGCCUCAACCGUGUGCUUCUUUUACUCGAUUCUGUUCCUGAAGAUAUGGAGCUAUGUGCAGACCAAUAUGUGGUGCCGACAGACCUACUACCAGAAGAAUCCCCGAGAGCGGAGGCCCAGCAUCUCGCUAGCGGAACUCAAAAACGGUCAUUUGGAUAGUGGAGAUGAGGAUGAAGCCAUUUCCAAGUUGGUGCAAUAUCCCGAUAAUCUAAGCUACAGGGAUCUGCUAUACUUUCUGUGCGCUCCCACUUUGUGCUAUGAACUGAACUUCCCUCGCACAAGUCGAGUCCGCAAGCGUUUCCUUUUGAAGCGCCUCUUGGAGGUCAUGAUUGGAGUUCAUGUGGUGAUGGCCUUGUUCCAGCAAUGGAUCAUUCCCUCGGUGCGCAACUCCCUGAUACCAUUUUCAAAUAUGGAUGUGGUGCUGGCCACAGAGCGUCUCCUCAAACUGGCGCUUCCCAAUCACUUGGUCUGGCUGUGCUUCUUUUAUCUGAUGUUCCACUCCUUCCUGAAUGCUGUGGGUGAGCUCCUGAAUUUUGCAGAUCGUAACUUUUACUGUGAUUGGUGGAAUGCCAACAACAUUGACACCUUCUGGCGAACAUGGAACAUGCCGGUGCAUAGGUGGUGUGUGCGUCAUCUCUACAUUCCGGUCGUCCAAAUGGGCUAUUCGUCGCGUCAGGCUUCGACCAUAGUGUUCCUGUUCAGUGCCUUCUUCCAUGAGUACUUGGUCUCUGUUCCACUACAAACAUACAAAAUCUGGGCCUUUAUGGGCAUGAUGGGACAGAUUCCACUCUCAGCAGUGUCCAAAUACGUCGAGCGCCGCCUGGGCCCACGCAUGGGCAAUAUCAUUGUUUGGGCAUCCAUUAUUCUGGGUCAGCCGCUGUGUAUUAUGAUGUACUAUCACGACUACGUGGUCACGCAUUACCAGAAUUCACUCAACGGCACCGAAUACGAGAGUUAGAUUUUAAAAGACACUUUCUGCGGGAUGGAACAUCAGCACUGGUCCGUGUACUUUUUUGUAAUUUAUAAGCCCAAACGCGAUUGCCACCAUACAAAAUCUAUUUUGUAUUCUUUUUGCACAUGCAUAUAGUACUGAUUAAAACAUAUAGAUUGUUAUUAAA